AUGAAGUACCUGAUAGUGCUGUCGAGACAAGGGAAGAUAAGACUGUCCAAGUGGUACGUUCCACUGUCACAGAAGGAUAAGGCGAAGAUAACAAGGGAGCUGACCGCACUGGUGUUAGGGAGAAAGGCAAAGAUGUGCAACAUCUCAGAGUACAAGGACUCUAAGAUAGUUUAUAGACGCUACGCUUCGCUUUUCUUCAUCGCAGGUGUGGACAACGAAGAGAACGAAUUGCUAACAUUGGACAUAAUCCAUAGGUUUGUCGAACAGAUGGACAAAGCGUAUGGCAACGUGUGUGAGUUGGACAUCAUAUUCAACUUCCAGAAGGCAUACCAUAUACUGGAUGAGCUGUUGAUUGGUGGCGAUAUAGUUGAAAGUUCCAAGAGAGAGGCGCUCAGAAGGGUUGGGCAGCAAGACCAGUUCGAAAGCUUGGACCAAUUGGACAGCGUGAUAGCAUGA